AUGGCUGAGACUCUGGACACAUAUUUGAUCCAGGUGUGUAUCGAUUUCCCGGACGACCCGAACAUUCGCUGGCGCCGCGUAGUUUUGCUGUUUGAGCUGGGGCCAGGGCGGUGGGUUGCGAGCACACCUGACUUCGGGGUUGAGGUAGUGGAUCUCGCGAACCACCGAGUUGCACCGCUGAGUCUUGCGACGCGCUGGCCAGAGCGAGCGCGGGGAAACGUGUACGGGCACGGCCCGCUCAGCGAGGAGCAGAAGGAGGAUAUCCUUCUGAGGGGGCUGCAGCUCGCACGAGUCUUAGGGCACAAAGUCACACCGAGUGCCUCGGCGGGAGCUGCGAGACGGUGGAGAGUGUCCGACCCUGGGCACGUGAGGUUCAACAGUGAGCUUGAGGACGCCGACAUGCUGCCGGGGAACCGGGCUGUGGGCAGAGGGGGCUGCGGGCUUUACCUCAUCGACGAAGAAGAGGAGGAUUGGGUGAGUGUGGAGCGUGUUCCCAAUCGGCGGCUUGACAUGCGGUUGGAAAGGAAGAGGGGCGGGCCCGGCAGAGACCUGCGGAUUCAUCCAAUCCAGCGGGACAGCGCCGGGCGCCGCAGCGCAUUGUUGAAAGAGUCGGUCAACAUGUUCAAGGUUGCGAAGUUCGAGGACUGGCCCUUCGAUGGGCCGUCGGCAGCCGACGAGGUUCUGUCGGAGGUGGCGAAAGCGGGCCUCGAGCUGCACUUGUACCCCACGUGGUGGGAGAGCAAGAGCGGGGUGAACCCGCAGAGCAGCGUGGCUCGGGAGGUGCGGCUGUGCUUCGAUUACCUUCGGUGCUUUCAGUCGCACGACCAGCUGAACCUGCCCGCGCUGUCGGGCGUCGAGUCGAUCUGUCGGCGAGUCAUCGUGUGCCAACAAGCGGUCGAGAGGAACCCGAAGAACCCAGACUUCUCGGGGUUCGAGGGCUUCCUGCAGGCGUCCUUCGACGACAGCGGGGGGCUACGGACCACGGAGUUCGACAAGUACAUGGCCGAGUCCCAGAAGACCGAUGCCACGGUGCUGGAGCAGUUCAGACUGUGGCAGGAGGAGCUCGAGGCGGACAAGAAGAGGCAGGUGGGUGCUGGGAGUCCUGACGAGCGCCGCGUCAUGGUGACUAACGCUGUGAGUGCACUCAACGGGCUGGCUGGUGCUCGUGCUGGAAGGCCAUUGCAACUGCGGCGGCCUGGGUAUAGAGUCGGUGGCCCCUCUGAUCCUCAACGGUCGAUCUUGGGGCGAGUCGCUCGACGGGUGGAUGACGUGUUCCCUGCCCCGGACGACUUCGAUGCAAAGAAUUCUCUGUUUGCUCUAAUGAAGUGCAAGGAUAUGUACAAAGUUGGCGACGCCACCUCUCUGGCGCCCAUGGCGCUUGAGCGCUUGAAGAUCAUGAAGGGCGACACCACGCCCAAGGAUGCCCUCGGCCUGGUGGGUGGCGACGCGCAGGAGCGGGUGAAGUCAUUCAUUGGCCUCUUCGCGGUUCUGAAGAAGGACGGGGCCCUCACUGGGUUGGAUGUGUCGGCCGACUCGUUGGGAGUGCUGGCUGACGGCCUUCAGCUCUGCGGGUGCUCAGUGGACUUCCAGGACGGUUUCUACCAGCUGCGGUACCUCCCCCUCUCCGACUGGUUCGGCAUCCCGAUCAAGAUCACCGCGGGGGGGGCCGGCAUCAGUGACGUUUACGACAGCGUUGGCGGCCAGGACGCCUGGGGGCGAGUUGAGCCGGGCGAGCGCGUCUGGCCGUGCUUCUGUGGAGUGGCGAUGGGCUGGUCGUGGGGCUUGUACAUCUGCCGCUCGGCGCUGACCGACGGGCUGAUCGUGGCGGUCGGUCGCAUGAUGGCUUGCAGCCGUGAGGUCGCGGAGCGACAGCUUGCUCGAGACGGCUUCCCGGCUCCGUGCCUCUCCAAGGGCCGGCCCGUCAUCGCGCCCUACGUAGACAACGGGAACGUGGUGCGCUACGACGUGGCCGACGCGAAGCAGGUGUACAAGGAGAUGGUGAGCGAGCUGGUCUCGCGGGGCUUCACACUUCGGGACCUCGUUGAGUUCGACGAGGACUUGGACAUGGUGGGCUUCGUGCUCAGCGGCUCCGACAAGUGCUGGAAGCAUCGGCGGUCUCGCUUCUGCAUCUUGCAGGAGUGCUACCAGUUUGUUCAGGAGAGCAUCGGGCGCUUCCGUCGGUUCAGUGACGCGGUUGUCUCCGAGCUUCGCACGUGCCAGGGGGUGUUGCCGCUGGUGGUGGCGAGGCUCAGCGACCCGUUCUACGAGAAGGCCUUCAUCAGCAACUCGUCUACCCUCGGCUACGCGCUUCACCAGGGGUACUUCAGCGGGGCCGAGCUGCGGGCCGUUGGCCGCUGGAAGGAGCGCUGGCGCUUCGCCGACGAGGAGGAGGAUCUGGGUCUCGGCCUUGAAGCUAACGGGCCAGGCCUCGACGCCGACUUCGAUUGCCUGGGCGAGUCGUUCGAUCUGGACGAGGUGCCGAGGGGUGCCCCACAUAGGCCGGAGGCCGCGGGGGCCGCCGGUGCCCGGCCGAGGUCGGUGAAGCCCGAGAUGGUCACUGGCAUCGUGCCGGCGUUGCCCGACAAGCUGCUGGACGGUGCCCGCUGGUCCUCGGUGGGCGACAACCUCUCGGAGAUCAUGGCGACCGAGAAGGGGAGAGCGGUCGACCACGGGUUGAACGCGCUCUGCCGUCGGGCAGCUGCCCUCCAGCUCGGUGCGGAGAUCCGAUGGGUGAGGAGGUAUGUCGAGUCGGAGCACAACCCAACGGACGCCGACUCCCGCCUGGCGGACAAGGGCGUCCUGAAGGCGGGCGAGGCGCUGCGGCCUGGCCGCCUGGCCGGGCGGCUGCGGGCGGCGGCUGCUAGUCGAGCGGCUGCGCCGGUGCAGACGGCCGAGGGCAGGGGCCCGAGCUGCGCGCGGAGCGAGCGCCAGACGAGGAGGCCGUUGGGCAUCCUCGAGUUGUUUGUCGGCUGCGGACGCCUCUCGGGGGCCUGUGCGCAGGCCGGCCUGCGCAUCCUGUGCCCGAUCGAUGUUGCGAACGGAAAACACUUCGACCUACUCAACUCACGUGUUCAGCGUAGGGUCAUUCGUUGGAUUCGAGAAGGAAGGGUUUGGCACGUUCACUUGGCUCCGCCAUGUACCCGCUGGUCCCAUGCAAGAUCUACUGGCUCCGAGGACUCCAACGAGGUCACCAGGGGCCUGAAGUUGGCGCUCUUCAGUUGUCGUGUUCUGCGGGUAUGUCGUCAGUGCGAGGUCACGGUCUCGGUGGAGAACCCGGCCUCAUCUGGGAUAUGGGCCUACGAGCCACUGAAGAGGGAGCUCCACAAGUGCUCGUGCAGUCCUGCCAGGUACGACUCGUGCAGGUACGGGGCCCCGUUCAAGAAGCCUACGAUAUUCUGUGCUAGCGCGGUCUCUCUCGGGGCCCUGGACAGGAGGUGUAGCUGCCGAGUCCCCCACGAGAUCCUCGAGGGCAAG